AAUUAAUUUUAAAAAUAAACGCGGCGAUCAGACUGAUGAUGAUGAGGAGGCAAGAUCAGGGCCGUUGACGGAGCUUACAAGCAUGGAGUGCCCAGAGAGUGAACCAUAAAGUAUUCGGUAACUGGGAAGCGCUGGAAAGGAUUUUGGCGGGAAGGGGGAAAAUGAGCUCGACGGUGGAGCCGGAAGCCGCCGAUCUGGUGUGUCAGCUCGACAACGUCCAAGGCAUGGUCGACGCCCUCAGCUCCGUCCGGUGGAAGCGCCAUCAGGACGCGGUGGUGGAAUUGUCAGAACACGGGGUCGUGUUGAUCAUCGAGGAGACCGGUUGUCUGCAGGCCAAAGUUUAUCUUCAGCGAGAGCUUUUCAUUCGGUAUGAAUACAGUGCAGAAGGACGCCCUAGGUUUGGAGUGAGCUUGGGCCUCUUUGUCGAUUGCUUGAACACAUUUUCUGUACCUGGGCGCUCUAGUACUAUUGAAAUCCGGUAUCCUGGGCCUGAUAUGCAACUCCUCCUCAAGUCUGUUGAUUCAUUGGAUGCUUGCAUUUAUGCAGAGAUCAGGACAAGAAUCCCGGAGACAAUUUCCUGGGACUACAACUUUGAACCUGCAGGGAGCACCUCACUCAGCUUUACAGUCAAGUCUGCAGCAUUGAAGGAAGCAAUUGAUGAUCUUGAAUGGCCUGGAUCGAGCAUCCAGGUAAUACUGCAACCAGUUCCUCCUUCUGUCACCUGUAAGGGUGAAGGCCAUGGUGACUUACAGAUAGACUUGAAUUAUUAUGUGAAUACAGACCUUCUUGUUGCAUUCCACUGUGAUCAGAGAGUCUCUUACAGGUACAAGUACAAGUUCCUUCGAGCAACAACUUCAAACAUGCCCAACAGCGUCAUUAGAGAUAACAGAGGAAGCAAACUGACAAUUGGGAGGAAUGGAAUGUUGAAAGUUCAACACCUAGUUUCGGUUGCUAGACCAUCCAUUCCACAUCCACACAUUGAUUCUGUUGGCUAUCAGCAUCCUAGUCGAAUAGCUUACAUUGAGUUCUUUGUCAAGCCUGAGGAAGAUGAAGACAAUGUACAUGAUUAAUAGGCUUGUACUGGAAGAUAAUGGCCAUCAAUUUUGUAGUAACUGUUGACCCCAACGAAGAUGAAUACAACCGACUGCUUGGACAUUUGGGUGGACAUUUGGGUGGAUAACUGGGCGGGCUGGUCUUGGAUAGGAAUAGCAAUGAAAAAUGGAUACCUAGCCCAUUCUAUUUUGUAGAACUAGCCUUUGUGAUAAGCUCAACACUUUCAAAUACUAGGCAAGCCAAUGAAAGCUGUGGUAUCAUGAUAACGUUUUGUCCUUUUCACUUUGUUUCCAUGCAGUUCUGCUAGAAAAUAUACAUUUAUUCC